AGUGUCAUCAAGGCGGCCUGGGACGUGCUUGAUGACAGGGGAUCCAGCGACACAGGCCUCUUGGAGCUCAGCAAAACAUUCAGGGCCUGCAAGACCGUGCGCUUCCCUAGUUCGCUGUCCAACUGGCUAUGGACGGCAUUCACAUACACAGCCAUGGUGGACUAUCCAACUCCAGCCAAUUUCAUGAUGAAUCUGCCUGCUUACCCUGUCAAGGAGAUGUGCAAGAUCAUUGAUUCUUUUCCCGCGGGUGCAGACGUCGUCGAAAAAGCUUUCGCAGCGGCGAGUCUGUACUACAAUUACACAGGCGACCAGAAAUGCUUCCAGGUAGAGGGUGGGGAUGACCCCCAUGGCCUCAGCGGCUGGGGCUGGCAGGCUUGCACAGAGAUGGUCAUGCCAAUGACGGUGUCGAAUGAGAGCAUGUUUCCGCCAUCCGGCUUCAGCUACGAAGAGAAGUCCGAGGGCUGCUUUGCUAGCUAUGAGGUUCGCCCGAGGAUGAACUGGAUCACUACUGAAUAUGGUGGCCAUAAAAUUGACAAAGUUCUCAAGAGGUUCGGGAGCAACAUCAUCUUCUCCAACGGGAUGCGAGACCCGUGGAGUCGAGGGGGGAUUCUCAAGAACAUAUCAUCCAAUAUCAUUGCUCUUGUCACAGAGAAAGGGGCCCAUCAUUUGGACUUCAGAUCUGCAACCAAGGAUGACCCAGACUGGGUUGUAGAACAAAGGAGACAGGAAGUUGAGAUCAUACAUGGAUGGAUAGAUCAGUAUAACAAGUACAUUGCACAGAUGUAGCAGUAAGAAGGUGCCAUUGAUUUCACAGUUGAGGAAAAUAAAUAUGUGGCCACUUGCAAAAAAA